GCUGUUUGAGGGUCUGAAACUGAUCAAACCAUGAUGAUGUCACAGAUAGAGCUGACCAAUCACCAUCAGUGUCCUCAGACCCAGAGUUCAUCUGAGAGUCACUGACGUCGCUCAUUUCUCCUGGAGCUGGACGUGUGCGAGGGCAUGGAAGUCAUGAGCAAACACUGGGCUGCGCUCCUGCUCGUCCUGAUUCAGCUUCACUGCAGCGACUGCUGUCCUGAACUCUGCCAGUGCUUCUCCGCUGCAAAGGUCGUCUGCGCAGACGACGACAUGAGAACCCUACCUGUCAACAUCUCAGAACAGGUCAGAGAGCUGAUUGUAGUGGCGUCGGGCGUCACGCAUCUGGACAGCCAUUCCUUCAGAGAGAACCUCACACUCACCAAACUGGUCGUCCUCAACGGCGUCUUGAAAACGGUCUCACACGACGCCUUCGACCGCCUGCUUGAGCUGCAGGAGCUGGACAUCAGUGGAAACUCUAACUGGUUGAUGUUUGACGUGCGGACCUUCAGCUCGCUGACCAACCUGACAAGACUGCUUCUCAACAACAACAAGAUCAGCAUUCUGGACGGCGGCAUUUUUGACUCCUUGCAGAAACUGGAGAUGCUGCAGUUGAGGGCGAAUAUCUUGUUGUCUGUGCCCGAUCGUCUCUUCCAUCGUCUCCACAAACUGCAGGAGCUGGACCUGUCCUUCAACCAGAUCAGCUUGGUCUCGGCGGAUGUUUUCCAGAACAACUCUCUCCUGAGAGUGCUCUCACUGCAGACCAACAUGAUCCCGCAGCUUCCGGCAGGGAUCUUCGCCCACCUGGAUCACCUGGAGGAGCUGAACCUCCGCAGCAAUCACAUAAGUGACCUGAGCACUGACGUGUUUCCGUCCAGCCUGCGGAAGCUGAUCCUCAAGAAGAACGCGCUGGCGCAGCUUCACCCCUCUGUAUUUCACAAACUGCAUCACCUUACCUAUCUGGACCUGUCUCAGAAUAAGCUCUCUGAGGUUCCUUCAGAUCUCUUUCAGAACCUGAUCUCUCUGAAAAAGCUGGAUUUGUCCGAGAACCAAAUUACGACGCUGCCUGGCACCGUCUUCAAAGGACUGUUCAGUAUAAAAGCCAUCCAUCUGCAGAAGAACAAACUGAACUCACUGGAAGUGGGUCUGCUGAAGGAUCUGCACGACAUGGAGCAGCUGUACCUGUCCAUGAACAGCCUACAGAGCAUCCCUGAUGGCUUUUUCGAUGAGCUGGACUUCCAGUGCAUCGUUCAGCUCCACGGGAACCCCUGGCGCUGUGACUGUGGGAUACAGUAUCUCUCCGACUGGCUGAGGAACAACCUCAGGAACGUGGAGGACGUGACACGGGUUUACUGCCAAGCUCCCAGGUUUAUUCGGGGACACGGCGUGGUGUCUGUGGAGAAGGAGCGGCUCGACUGUGCGAAAAACUCCAGCUCUGCGUUUCAAAGCUCCUCCGACACAAACAUUACAGAGAUCCCAGUUCAUGGCAAUGAUGGCGGUGGCGUUCGCUGCUCGCUCCGAGAUGCCAAUGACGUGGCAACCAUUCAGUGCAAACUCACUAAAUGCACAAGCGUGAGGUUUCAGGCUCUUUUUGAAUUUGUGGAUGGAAGUGAAUCGGAAACAGUCGUGAGCGAAGAGUGGCUAGCGCCUGCCGGAUGCUCCAAUGGGACUACUUAGUGUUCUCACUCUCAGAAAAAAUUAGAUGAGAAAAAUUAGAAAAAUGGUAAAACAGCUUGUCCCUGUAAAGCCUUACACACUUGUUUUUUCAGUCCAAUGUGUUCAUCUUGAAAUAUUACUAACAAUAUCAAAGUUAUUCUAAUGUUUACUGGACAAAAAUCAGUACAUAUUUCACAGAAGAAAGAUACGUGAAGCUGAGCUGAAGGUGGACAUUUGUACUAAAAGACUUUUACUUAAAAAAAAGCCUAAACUAUCAAUCAGAGGACAGAAGGACUGUAGUAAAUUGUGUGCAACAGGGUUAUCAGCGAAGUUUUGAUCAUGUUGGUAAUUUAGACGCCUUAGAAAUUUGCAUUUCAAAUAUAAUACAGUUAUAUGUUUAAAGCGAUACUAUGAACUUUUAGGGUGAAUAAAGAAUAAACUUGUCUCUUUAAGGGUUCUGCCCCUGUGACAAGCUGUCAUUUUUUGCACUUCUUUUCUGACAGAGUCCCAGAAUGCUUUUGAUGUAGAGCUGAUUCUCUCGCUGGCGUAUGUUAAUGACUAACCCAAGCGUAGGCCAGACUCAUGACAGUGGAGACGAAUCAAUGUGGGACGUGAUAAGAGAGGUGGAUGAACUGAUCCUGUGCGGGUCAAAGAACAGUUAUAAGUCUCAACCACAACACGGUUCAUACGAAAUAUCCAAUAAACUACACUUAGUUGCACUUACAUUCAUGCUACUGUUUUAAAGCAAUAAAUAAUAAACUGGAAAAGCAUU